GCGUCUUCAGGUGUACGGUUGUUGGACGCGAAGUUCAAAAAAUCCACAAGUGAUUCUUUAUAUUAUAAUAAUGCAAUGUAUAUUAUCAAUUUUAUUACUCGUGGUAUACAAUGUUGUGCUCAAUGAGUGUAGAAUACCAUCAGAACUAUCCACAAUCACAUUUGAAACAAAGUUUAGCAAUGAUCCUAACGAGAACCUUGGCUGUAGAGUGUCACUUAACGAGGAUCUCGAUCAGCACCAACCUUUAUUAAUUGUACCUGGAACAACGAAAUUUGUCACACCAGUGGCAAACACCACCGAUAUACAAUUUAGCAAUGGCGAACAGGUCGAACUGCAUUGUCCACAUGGCUUUUUGGUGUCAGAUGCAACAUCGAUAAUUGCCGCGUGCAAUGGAAAGGACGGGUUCAUUCAUCAUGGAAAAGUGUACGAAAUUUCGCAAUUAACUUGUCGCGAUCCGGUAUUCCAUACGGCUCAACGGACCGGAGGGAAGUGUUUCAACAACGCAACACUCAUCAAAGUUGGUUUCGAUCUCGGAACCCGAUUCCUGUCCCUUUACGAAGUUUGUUUCGACGAGAAGACCCUCCAGAGCCACUAUGUGAAAUACAGCUUAGCACCUUGGAAUAUCAAGCACGAACGUUCGAAACGGGAUCAUUUUCUACAAGGUGAUCUGUUUCCCGACAUUGAGAUGACAGAGAUCUAUUCAUUCAAUUCACAACACGCCACAUUCAGACUGAUAUUGGGCUCAGUUGAGAGUGCUAAUUCAUUGCUGAACAGAAGGAAGGAUAUGUUCAUAGCUAGAGGACAACUUGCGGCGCAAGAAGAUUUUGUCUUUGGAGCACAUCAAGCUGCCACAUUUCGAUACAGUAACGUUGCUCCACAAUGGGAGAAGUUCAAGUCCUUCAACUGGCAGUAUAUCGAAAACGGCGUCAGGGCGUUUAUAACUCGGCACAACUUGAAUGUGACUGUGUACACUGGAACGUACGGAAUCAUGGAGCUGCCUGACGAUGAUGGAGAUAUGCAACAAAUUUACUUGGAUUACGAUUACCAUAAUGGCAGCCGUAUACCUGUGCCGAAAAUCUUCUACAAAAUAAUUCACGAUGAACAGAAUAAUGCGGGCAUUGCGUUGAUAGGGGUGAACAAUCCGUAUGUGACUUUGCGGGAUAUUGCGAAGACGUGCAUGCUUUGUGAAGACGUUUCCCACAAACUUGACUGGUUGCAAUGGAUUCCGGAUUACAUUCCGGGAGGAUAUUCUUACGCGUGCAGGGUUAACGACUUCAACGACGUCAUCAUGCAUCAUGCAUUUGAUGAGAUUACCAAUUUGUUGAUUUAGACUGAGUAACUAGUUUUACGUACCAACAGCACCAACGAUAGUGAUAUUACUAGAGCACAGAGGGCUUUCACAUUCCGAGUAGACAUAGUUACCGAUACUGUUAGGGUGAAUUUCUGCACUGCAGAUGUAUUUAAAGUAUGAUUACACGGUGUGUGAUUCUGAUGAUUGAUAUAAUUGUUGCAUUUUUAGCAUUAAGCUCGUAAUUGUUAAUUUUAGACUAAAAUUAGUUAAUGUUUGUAAUUAAAGUCUAUUACUGCUUGUUUGAAGUUCAUAAUGCAGUGCAUUUCUAAAUGUUUGGAUAUAGAUUCCAAAAGGAGUGUGAAUAAGCUUUCAUCAAGAAUUGACGUACAUGUAUCUAGAACGAAGAUUGUAUGUGCAAUCGCGAUUUAUAUGAGCA